AUGACAUAUCAGCUCGUCUACAUGGCUGUCGUGCUCUACACACCUGCUCUUGCACUCAGUCAAACAACUGAACUGAACAUAUGGUUGUCGGUCAUCGCAGUUGGCGUCAUAUGCACCUUCUAUUCCUCUGUAGGUGGUUUGAAAGCUGUUAUUUGGACAGAUGUUCUGCAAUCAGUGAUUAUGCUUGUUGGUCUUCUACCAGCUAUCAUUCAAGGUCUAAUUCUGGUUGGUGGCUUCAAGCGGACAUUCUUCAUUGCUUACAGUGGGGGUCGUAUUGAAUUUGACAAAAAUUUUAAUUCUUAUCCACAGCAAUAUCAAACGCCGUAUCUAUCUCAACAGCAAAUGCAAUACCAACCUCAACAACAAUCAUAUAAUCCAUAUUCGGGAGCAUUAUGUUAUGCUGAACUUGGUUGUUCAUAUGUAUCAUCAGGUGGUGAUUAUAUAUAUCUUCGUCUAGCAUUUAGUAAUUUAAUAGGUUUUCUUCGUGUUUGGAUUGAUGUUGUAUUAUUACGACCAGUGCUUGUUGUUUUAAGUAUAUUAACAGCAUCAAAUUAUCUUGUUUAUUGGUUUUAUUCGACAUGUACACUACCUCGAAUAUUAGUUAAAUGUUUAUCAUCAUUUCUUUUAUUAAUUGUUGGUUUUAUUAAUUUAAUAUCAGCAACAUCGACAAAACGUCUUCAUCAGGUAUACAAUUAUUUUAAAAUUGGUUCUCUAGUAUUUAUUAUUGUUGCUGGUAUUUAUCGUAUGUAUUUUGGUAGAAUAGAAAAUUUUUUUGAACCAUUCGAAGGUUCAACAUAUGGCAAAAUUACAGGUGCAUUAUAUGCUGGUCUAUUUCCUUAUACUGGAUGGCAUUGUGUAAAUAAUGUAAUUGAUGAUCUUAAAGAUCCAAAUCGUAUAUUACCUCGUUCAAUUAUUAUUUCAUUAUUAAUUUGCAUUCUUAUCUAUUUUUUUACAUUCAGUUCUUAUUUUACGGUUUCAUCUGCAUAUGAUAUUUUAAUAUCUGAUGCAACAGCUGUUAGUUUUGCUGAAUGUGUUUUACCAUUUUUAUUAUAUAUUAUACCAAUUGGUAUAACGAUGUCAUGUGUUGGAACUGCAUCAGGAAAUCUUUUUAUUGUUGGACAAAUGUUUAAGGUUGCUGGUCGUGAUGGUUUAAUGCCAUACAUAUUUUCUAUGAAACAUUACGAAUCGGAUAUACGUAUAAUUGCAAUUUUAUUUGAAAUCAUUCUUAGUUUUAUUUUUCUUUACUUUAUGUCGAAUAUCAGAAAAUUGAUUAUUUGUGUUGGUAUGAUUAAUUGGACAUGUAUUUUAUUGACUGUUGUUGGUUUAAUUGUUCUUCGUUAUAAACAUCCAAAUCGUGAACGACCAAUUAAAGUUCCUUUAAUAAUUCCAAUUGUAUUUAUUUCAAUUUUAAUAAUACUUAUUGUUACAAGUGUAUUAACUGAUUUAGAAAAUAUAAGUACAUCUUUAUUUUUAUUAACCACAACUAUACCUACAUAUAUGUUUUGUGUAAUGUGGAAAAAGAAACCAAGUGACUUUAAUUGUCGAUAUAAUUCAUUUGUAAUUAUGUUACAAAAAUUAUUUCAUAUUAUAUAUGAUGAACAUAAUGAAUGA